AAAAUGGCGAUUGGGUACCAAAAAUUACAAAUGUAACUUGGACGAGAAAUAGAUCGAUUAAACUUACUUUACAAUCGCCCAGGAAAGUAUUUCCUAGCAAAUGGAAUGCGCCUACAGCAAUUGGUCACUAUACUCUAGAUGAUCAAAAAGGAAAUUAUCAGAGGUUUGCUAAAAAAGCAUACUUUAUAAAUGGCUAUAAUGAUACUAAUGUUUGGGUAGGUGACUCCUACGUAGGAUCUAAUCCAGCAACUGUGGAAUCCUUUUAUGAUAAUAAUUUUAAUCCUCAACUUGGAUCAUUAGUAAGGGUUGCAAUUUCAAUAUAUUAUAGAUGCACAAACAUUAAAGAUGAUAAUUGGUAUUCAUCUGGAAUAAAAACUGUUUGUUCUAGUUGCGAUGUUGAGGUUUAUGCACCUUAUCA